UUAACUCUUCGCCAUUUUUUCCCGUUCAUUAUUUACCCAGAUAAUCUUUUUUUUUUUUUAAAAAAAGAGGUUAUCUUUUAAUAGAAAAUAUUCCGUCCUUUAUUUAAAAUAAUUUUUUUAUGACGUGGCAUGUACUAUAAAGGGCGGAAUAAUGAACACCAAAACGAUGCGUUUACCACCCCGUCGGGUUUCCAUGCCCACCAACAAGCGCAAAGAGAGAGAUGAUUUUGACCUCAAACGGUUAAACCCCCCACUCACAAAGUUACCCAAGCCGGCUGUACCGUUACCCGGCUCCGAAAAAGCCGCUCAGCAGGUCCUCUCCAACCAGCUCCUGGCUGGAUACCUGGCCCACGAGUACCUCACCCGGGGGACGCUGUUCGGCCAAACGUCGGACCCGGCUCUACCGCAACAAACGGCCGGCGAAGCCAAGAGGAGAAUCGGAGAAGACGUGGAUCUAAACGAGAGAUCCAGAGCCGGCGACGCCGAGCCGGAGCCGAGGGAUGAGAAGCGCCAAAGGUACGUUGAAGUGUCAAGCUUGCUGAAGUCAGAUGGGGCCCACAUACCGGGCAUCUUCAACCCGAGCCAGCUCGCUCGUUUCUUGCAGAUGUGAGGUUGUCUUCUCACAAGUGUAGACACCUCAUUGGCCACCGUUUUUCCAAUUUUUGAGUAGUAUUUUAUCCUUUCUUUUUUCCCCCUCCGUCCAACUGGAGAAGUUCUCUGUGGAGUACACAGCCUCAGUUCAAUAGUUUAGUUUUCUUGGUUCUCUUUUUAGAUCCGAAUGUAUGCACAAGAGAUGCCCGCAUUCAUGCAAUGUAAAUCUGAUGUUGUUAGUGUGUGAUCUGAACGAAUAAUGCAAUAAAUAUCAGAAAAUGUUUUCUCU